CAUUGGCAACGCUAAAUUAUAAGAGGAAGGAGGAGGCAUCGCGGAAGUUGUUUGAAGGACAAAGGGUGCAGAGUGAGGAAAGAGAGAUGUUAGAGGAAGUGAUGACGGGGACACGGAAACAUGGGCAGGCAAUGCCCAGCGACGCUGAUCACCGCGAGGAGGAAAUGGAAAGUGAUGAGGAAGACGAGGUGGUGUUACAUGAACAGCGGCAGAUGCUCAGAGCGUUGAGUGAAGGAGAGAGGCUGGGCGAUAGUGAGGAGAGCAUGUCCAGGGUGGAGCGAGGCUAUAAUACGCGUAGUAAAGGGAAAAUGAUGGCACAGCAGGAGCAGCCUCAAACAAUGGCACCCCUAGUGGUGACUCAUGCUGGCCGUCACUAUGAGCCUUUGGUGCUUCGGGAUGUGGCUGCAUUGGUGGAAAAAUUGCCCCCCCCCCCCCCCUGCAUAAAGGGGCACGAGCCUGGAUUACUAAAUUCUUAGCUGCCAUGUCAGGACAGGGAGUAGCAUUGGGGUAUUUUAGACAAGCCAUUUUGGGAUCAUGUUCCCUGAUUCAAUUACAGAAUAUUGAGGGGGCAGCUGGCACCCGCCAGUUGGGGAGAGAAACGUCCCUGGCUGAGCUCUCGGAGGCGUUGUUUCGGGAGCUGAGGGCGGCCUUUCCCUCCCCAGGGUAUGUGGUGCCAACAAUUUUCAAUUAUGGAAAAGAUGUGACUCCCGAGCAACAUUAUGCUCAGGCAUUGGAGCUGUGGAUUGAGACCACAGGUAAACACCCAGGCAGCUACCCUGAAGCUGAGAUGAUGUUCACGACGGCGAUGCUGAACGGCCUCCCAAAUGAGGUGCAAGCGAUUAUGAGAAUUGAUCCGGACAUUUUGGUCUGUCCGGAACAGAGAUUUAAGAGGCAUUUGAUACACCAUUGCCGCAUCUACAUGGAAAAAGCAAAUAAAGAUCAAAAGGAAACUGAUGCUCUGGCGACUAGUUUGGUUAAACUACAGUUGGCAAAGUUGCAUGGUGAGGCAAAACAAGAAAAGGUUAAACAAAAACAGAUGUAUCAAACUCCAGUGGGGGCUGGACGGGGCCGAGGCCAAGGGUUCCGUGGUGGAUACAGAGGGCGUGGUUGUGGCGUCCCCCCAGGUCGGGGGCGGAAUGGGUUCGCUCCAGGGACUUGCUUCAACUGCGGGUCCCCUGAUCACUGGGCACGUUAUUGUCAUGGCAACCCACCACCACCAGGGGUGGAGCAGCACAACCAGCAAGCAGAGCCACCACACCAAGGGGGACCGCAGCAGCCCCGCCCGUGGCCACAGCCAAAUCCGCGGGGUCAGUAUUACCAAGCCGACCCGUGGUACGGCCCGGACGAAUAGGGGGGCCUGGGAAGCUCGGAAAGCACUGGCCAGGCAGAGCCAAUGCUUCAGUUGACAGUGGUGGACACUCCGGUCCAGAUGUUGGUGGACACUGGAGCAACACAUUCAUCAAUCAACAUGCCACUGCCAAGUACAGCGUUGUCGAGACGAGUUACAACGUUGGUCGGCUUCUCGGGACGUCCUCAGACUCUGCCCUUUACCCGGCCAUUGAAAACGGAAAUCACAAACACUGGACAGAAACUAUAUCAUUCAUAUGUUCAUGCAAUGGACACACCCAUCAAUUUAAUGGGCAGAGACAUGUUGUCAGCAUUGAGAGCCCAGAUAUUGUGUGGCGAGAAGGGACUUACAGUGACAUUUCCUGGCGAACAGGUUCUGGAAUGCUCCCAGCCUGUGACACCUAGGGGUCAGUGGUUGAUGGCACCACUCCCCACAGUACCUGAAACGGCACCGAUCUACUGGGCUAGAUUGAAUCCUGAGACUCCACUUGGGGGAGGUGUCUACUCCACUUCCCUCCUGUGGAAACCGUGGAUCCAGGCAUUGGCACCGUACCACCCCCCAGUGGACCCAUUGCAUUGCACUCUAUAUUACGAUAGGGAUUCGGAUGAAGUAUAUAGAGAUGCGUUUGAAGAAAUCGAGGGAGUUGAUUGGACACUACAGUCACCAUGCAUCUUUGUAGGCCCAGAGGGAGUGGCAGCGAAUGUGCAGUUGUCGCCAGAGCAAGAACAAUGGUUCAAAAUGGGUGAGGAAGGUCUGCCCCAUGUAACACUGGCUGUGUCGCCAGGCCAUGAGCCCCGCCAAUUGGGGCCCAUGGUGAAACGAUUAACACAACAACAUGACUGGAUGAUGACUGAGAUUCCAGAUGUGUGGCAUUCGGCCACAACCAAAAGUUACAGGAUAAUGGCAAAAAUGGUAGAUGAGUCAGACCUUGAAUUGGUCUUCCUGGACCGCCAUCAUGGGCGGGAACUGACGCACCAUGAGUCUGCACUGGCGAUGCUGGAUCAAAUGCCACAGACCUUGUGGUCACAUGGUCCAUUUGAUGUUGGUUUUUGUCAUACGGUUCAACCGAUCCAAUUGGAAGUUGAUUGCUCCAUUCAGGUCCGCCGUCCUCAAUAUCGAUGGCCGAAGGAAGCAGACAAAGGUAUGGAGGACACAGUGGCAGGAUUGUGGGAUGCGGGGGUGUUGGAAACGUCGGCGUUCUCUUGGAACACACCUCUGAGGCCGGUCCAGAAGGCUGAUGGGGUGACAUGGAGGAUGGCCCACGAUUUGCGGCCACUGAAUGAUAUAACUAUAACUCCAGUUUUUCCAGUUCCUGACCCCCAUCGCAUCCUGUCCUCCCUGGAUCCUCAGAAACAGUGGUAUACGGUAAUUGAUUUGGCGAAUGCAUAUUUCUGUUUACCACUGGCUGAGUCAAUACGACACGUGUUUGCAAUUUCUUACAAAGGGGUGAAAUUGCAGUACAAACGACUCCCACAGGGCUUCAAGAAUUCGCCGGGAAUCUUUAAUCAGGUAUUGAAGGACUUCUUAUUUUCAUGUGAACUAUCCCAAGGCUCAGUGCUCCUGCAGUAUGUGGACGAUCUCCUCAUUGCGGCCGAAACAUCCAACCAGUGUGUGGAAGCCACACGAGCAGUGCUGUUGAAGCUUGCGGACCUGGGCUUCAAAGUGUCAAGGAAAAAGUUACAGUGCUGUCGUAAGUCUGUGGUUUUUCUGGGGCGUGUCAUCACACCAGCCGGUUUGGCUAUGUCCCCUAAUCACCGCAGCUCCAUCUUGCGACACCCACGUCCAGAAACAGUGCUGGACAUGCUGUCUUUCUUGGGAUUGUGUGGCUACAGCCGAGCCUAAAUCCCAUGUUAUGUGGAUAAAACAGCAGGCCUGCGGGCCCUGGUCAAACAACAAGCGGUCUGAAAUUUGAAGGCCACAUUGCAGUGGACCCCUGAGGAUGAUGCAUUGUUUGUGCAACUAAUUCAGGAAUUGGCAUCAGCAGCAGCUUUGGCUACCCCAGAUUACACUAAGGUGUUUCAUUUACAUGUAGCCAUUAGUGAGAAGACUGAAUGCGGCAUUGUACCAAAGACAUGGGACAAACAGGGCAGUUUUAUUGUAUUGUAGUGUCCCAUUAGACGGAAUUGAACAGAAACAAGCAGACUGCGUUAGGUACGCAGCGGGCCUAGCAAAGGUCCUACAGAAAACGGCACAUGUGGUCAUGGGGUAUCCCGUCCAGGUUUUAACAGACCAUGCGGUGUCAGCUUUUGUCGCAUCGGUGGCAUUUACGUUGACACCCCUAAGACAAACACGGAUAAUGAAGACAUUGACGGCACCAAAUGUUACGUAUCUGCAUGAUGGUGUGAACAUGGCUAAUCACCUCCUGGAAGGGGCACGAGUGUGCUCUGAAAGUACAGAAAGAUCAAAAGGUCCGUGAGGACUUGUAUGCGGAACCAUUGGAAGGUGGACGGGUUAUGUUCGCGGAUGGGUGUUGUUGGCGUGCCAAGGAUGGGACACUCCACGCGCCAGUGGUGGAGUGGAAAGGUUCUUUCUUCCUCCCGGUGACAGCUCAGAAGUUGACAAUAAAACCCUCCGCCCAGGCGGCUAAGGUGUUGGCUCUGGUGUUGGCCUUGGAACAGUGUCCAGGACAGCAAUUAACUGUAUACACUGAUUCGGCAUAUGCAGCGUCGGCUGCCCUGAUUGACCUAAAGGGGUGGCUGCACAAUGGCUGGCUAACAGCGAAAGGCAAAGAAAUUGCUCAUAAAACUUUGAUGGAGCGAUUGUAUGAAGCAAUUAAGGGUCCCCACAAAUUGGCGAUUGUAAAGGUCCCGGGACACUCAAAGGCCAACACCAUGGUGGCAAAAGGUAAUGAGAGGGCGGAAGAAGUGGCUGGGUACACCCCUCAGGACGAGAUGAUGUUAGCAACCACGGCUGUGGUCUGGGAUGGGGAACCCCUGGAUCUUCCAGUGGCACCCGAGGUUACACUGGAGGACAUUAUGGAAGCACAAGUGUGUCUGCGCAGGUCACAGACAAGGCGGUUGGAGAUUCGUCAUCAGCAUCACCGGAGUCGGACAUCACUCCGUAUGUCUACCUCCGGGUGCUUUCCCGGAAGUCGACUGAAUCUUGCUGGAAAG